CUUAAAGCUUUCUGAUUCUUACCCUUUUGAUCACUUUCAUCUCUGGCCAAACAGGAUUUGAAAAUGACCCCAAAAAUGGUGUCUUGCAUUUGAUUCAUGAUCAAGAAAACACACUCUCUUUUUCUUUGUUGAAAAGCAGGUUUUAAGUGACUUUUAGUGGAUAAGUGAAGUUAUGAUGAUGGAAGGUGUUUGUGCAAAGGAUGAGAGGAUUACUAAGUUGAGUGAUUUGGUGUUUUCAUGGUCUCUUGAAGAAAUCUUUGAUGAGAGUUUGUAUUCGAAUCAGGUAGAAAUCAUCCCAACAACAUUCAGCUCGGCAGAGCAGUACCUUGGCUCCUAUGUAUAUCCGUUAUUGGAAGAGACGAGAAAAGAAAUGGCUUCUAGUCUGGAAAUUAUGCACUCAGCGCCAUAUGCUGAAGUGGCCUAUUUCGAUGAGGCAAAGCCAUAUGGAACCUUAACAUAUCAUGUUAAGGUUGAUCGCUGGGAAAACACAUUUGGUGAUCGUGGAAAGGAGUCAUAUAAAACAUUGCCUGGUGAUAUACUGCUGCUCUCAUAUGCAAAGCCCGAGUCUCUCUCUGAUAUGCGACAUCUGGGAAGAAUGUGGGCUUUUGGAUCAGUUAUUAAUAUAUCAGAUGACGAUGAGGAAGAUAGUAGCAACUCCAGUCAUUUUAAAAUUGAAGUCUCAAAAGAUCUUGAAUUCAAAGAUGGGGGGAAAUCAUUGUUUGUGGUGUUUUUAAUGAAUAUUACAACCAACAACAGAAUUUGGAAGGCACUUCAAAUGCUUCGGAAUCUGAAUAUUAUUAAUAAAGUUUUGUGCAUCAAAGGCGAGGUGGAGGAAAUUUGUCGAGUCUGUUGUGAACAUAAUAGCAGAAAGCUGACUGAUACCUAUGCUCCAAGUGUCUCUGAUUUAAAUAAUUCUCAAGCGGAGGCUGUGCGGAAUGCUCUCUUUAAGAUGAAGUGUGACCACAUGCCUUCAGUGGAACUUAUCUGGGGUCCCCCAGGAACAGGCAAAACAAAAACUGUUUCUGUGUUGCUUUCCAAUCUUUUGAAAUUGAACUUGAGGACACUUCUUUGUGCCCCUUCGAAUAUAGCAGUAACAGAAGUUGCUGCUCGCCUACUGAAGUUGUUGGAGUCUAACAAAGCUGAAUAUCAAGAAGAUUAUGCUAACCACUCUUAUGGAGAUAUACUUUUAUUCGGCAAUAAAUCUAGGCUUAAAGUUUCCUCAGAUAGUGAAAACAUCUAUCUCGAUUACCGUGUAGAUAGGCUUGCAGAGUGCCUUGGACCAUUAACAGGCUGGAAGCAUUGUUUAAUUUCCAUGGUCAAUCUACUUGAAGAUUGUGUUGAACAGUACAAAGUUUAUGUGGAAAAUGGAUUGAUCUCAGUAAAGCAAAAUCUAAAAGAUGAAAGCAAUGAGUUGGAAUUUAAAUCUUUUCUUGAAUAUAUGAGGGCACGGUUUGAGCAUACUGUUUCCACUGUCAGGCAAUGCUUACUGAUUUUAUGUACUCAUUUACCCAUAAGUUUUGUGGGAGAAAGUACAUACCAAGAUAUGGUUACUCUUACACGCUAUCUUGAUUCGUUGGAGACGACGUUGUUUCAUAAGAAUAUGGUUUCUGAAUUACUAGAGAGAGUUUUUUCUGAUCUUGAAUUGGGCAAAGAUUCUCCACGGUCUUGUGUGGAUAUGUCAAUGCUGCGCCGCUUAAGAACCAAUUGUAUUUCUGUUGGAAAAAGUCUGUAUUGUUCUUUGGGUAAACUUAAACUCCCAAGUGCAAUUAACAGAGGCUCCAUAAUGGAAUUUUGUUUCCAGAGGGCAUCCAUUAUAUUAUGUACUGUGUCUAGUUCAUUCAAGCUUCAUACGGUCGAUAUGGAACCACUGAAAGUACUUGUUAUUGAUGAAGCGGCUCAGUUAAAAGAGUGUGAAUCAGUCAUACCCCUACAAUUGAAGGGCGUCAAACAUGCUAUUCUCAUUGGCGAUGAGUGUCAGUUGCCAGCAACUGUCAAAAGCACAAUUUCUGAUGAUGCUGGUUUUGGACGGAGCCUAUUUGAAAGAUUGAGUCUUCUGGGUCAUUCUAAGCACCUGCUCAAUAUGCAAUACAGAAUGCAUCCAUCUAUUAGUUUCUUCCCAAAUUUAAAAUUCUAUCGUAACCAGAUCCUCAAUGCACAAAAUGUUCAGGAUAAAAGUUACAUGAAAAACUAUCUUCCCGGGCCAAUGUUUGGCCCCUAUUCCUUCAUAAAUAUAGUUGGCGGGAAAGAAGAGAUGGAUGAUGUUGGACAUAGCCGAAGAAAUAUGGUUGAGGUAGCUGUUGUAGCAAAGAUUGUCCAGGAUUUAUACAAAGCAUGGACUGGCUCUAGAAAGAAGAUCAGUGUCGGUGUUGUUUCACCAUAUGCUGCCCAAGUUGUAGCCAUUGAAGAUAAGAUCAGAGAGAAGUAUGAAAAGAUAGAUGGAUUCUCGGUGAAGAUUAAGUCUGUAGAUGGGUUUCAAGGUGGAGAGGAAGAUAUUAUUAUAAUAUCCACCGUUAGAUCUAAUAGUAAUGGGUCCAUUGGUUUCAUACGCAGUCCUCAGAGAACUAAUGUUGCUUUAACAAGGGCACGGCACAGUCUCUGGAUACUGGGAAAUGAAAGAACAUUGACCAGUGAUGAAUCAAUUUGGAAAUCCCUUGUACAUGAUGCUAAGAAUCGCAACUGUUUCUUUAAUGCCGAUGAAAACAAAAACCUAGCCAAGUCAAUAGUAGAUAUGAAAAAGGAACUAGAUCAACUGGAUGAUUUGCUUAAUAUGGCUAGUGUUCUCUUCAGGAGUGCUAGAUGGAAGGUUAUUUUCAGUGAUAAUUUUAGAAAAUCAUUUGGAAAACUUAGUCAGCGUAUGAAAAAAUCAGUUUUGAACCUUUUAUUGAAGCUUUCCGGUGGUUGGCGUCCUAAGAACAGGAAUGUGGACCUUGUUUGUGAAAGUUCCCCACAGAUACUCAAAAAGUUCAAGGUUGAAGGUCUCUAUGUUGUUAGCACAAUUGACAUUGUGAAGGAGUCAAAUUAUAAACAAGUUCUGAAAAUUUGGGAUGUACUGUCGGUAGAGGAGUUGCCUAAAUUAGUGAAACGUCUUGAUAGCAUAUUUUUUAUGUAUACUGACGAGUUUAUCAAUCAUUGCAAAGAGAAAUUACUCGAUGGAAAUUUGGAGAUUCCAAAGUGUUGGGGCCCUUCCUGUGAAAUUGUUCGUUAUAAAAUCAAUAGCGAUGAUGGAUUGGUGAACAAAUCUCAAUCCAAUUCAAUUCAAGGCAGAAGCUAUGCUGAAAAUUCAAGGGUGAAUGAUAGUUUGUUGCUUAUGAAGUUCUAUCCCUUGUCAUCUGUUGUUGUGAACCACUUGCUCUCUGAUCAUGAAGGUAAAAAUUUGGAUCUUCCUUUUGAGGUAACAGAUGAGGAAAUGGAAAUAAUUCUAUAUGAAAAAAGCUCGUUUAUUCUCGGAAGGUCGGGUACUGGCAAAACAACAGUUUUGACUAUGAAAUUGUACCAAAGAGAACAAUGUCACUAUAUUGCUUCUCAUGGAUAUUGUAUGGAUGAGAGCGGUAAUGCAAUGGAUUUAAACCAGCAAGUUAAACCCAAUGAUUGCAAAGAAGAGAGUAAGGAAUUAGUGUUGCGACAGCUUUUUGUGACUGUUAGUCCAAAACUUUGUUAUGCGGUAAAACAGCAUGUCUCUCAGCUGAAAAGCUUUGCAAGGGGUGGAAAGUUCUCUGAAGACCAAUUAAAUGAUAAAGAUGGCAUGGAUGAUGCUUCAGAAUUUAAGGAAAUCCCGGACUCGUUUAAUGAUAUACCUGCAGAUUCUUACCCUCUUGUGCUGACUUAUCAGAAAUUUUUAAUGAUGCUUGAUGGAACACUGGGAAAUUCAUAUUUUGAACGGUUCAACGAUGCAAGGCAAUUAUGUCAUGAUAGAUAUAUGGGCUCUAGUUCUGUUGCCUUCCAAGCAUUUGUAAGAAUGAAGGAGGUCAACUAUGAUAAAUUUUAUUCAUGUUACUGGCCCCAUUUCAGCAUCAAACUCACCAAGAAACUUGAUGCUUCGAGAGUUUUCACUGAAAUAAUUUCAUAUAUAAAAGGAGGUUUAGUAGCAGUGGAGGCCUUCGACUGUAAACUUGGUCGUGAUGAGUAUCUUCAUAUUGCUGAUUCUCGCGUUUCCACAUUGAGUAGGCAGGCAAGAGAGAAGAUUUAUGAUAUAUACAAGGAUUAUGAGAAAAUGAAACUGGAACGUGGGGAAUAUGAUUUAGCUGAUUUUGUGAUUGAUCUUCAUCGUCGACUGAGAAAUGAAAAUUUGGAAGGCCAGAAGAUGGAUUUUGUUUACAUAGAUGAAGUUCAAGAUCUUACAAUGAGUCAGAUAUCUCUUUUCAAGUACGUGUGCGAAAAUGUCGAAGAGGGCUUUGUUUUUUCAGGUGAUACAGCUCAGACAAUUGCCAGAGGAAUUGAUUUUAGGUUCCAGGACAUACGCUCCCUGUUCUACAAGGUAUUUAUGAAAUCAGGAAGUGAUGGAUCUGUUGAAAAGAAAGAGAAAGGUCGAUUGUCAGAGAUUUUUAAUUUGAGCCAAAACUUUCGUACACAUGAUGCGGUACUCCAGUUAGCACAGAGUGUGAUAACUCUUAUAUAUCGAUUUUUCCCCAAUUUCAUUGAUGUUUUGGAACCUGAAACUUGUCUUAUAAGUGGUGAAGCUCCUGUCUUGCUUGAGCCUGGUAAUGAUGAGAACGCGAUAGUAACUAUUUUUGGCAAGAUUGGAAGUGUUGACAGGAAGAUUGUUGGCUUCGGUGCAGAACAGGUGAUAUUAGUACGGGAUGAUUCUGUUCGAAAAGAUAUUUCAAGUUUUGUUGGAAAGCAAGCUCUUAUUUUGACUAUACUUGAGUGCAAGGGUCUUGAAUUUCAGGAUGUAUUGCUGUACAACUUUUUUGGAUCUUCCCCUCUGAAAAAUCAGUGGCGAGUUGUUUAUGAAUACAUGAAAGAGCAAGAUUUGCUCAAUGAUACAUCCCUGUCUUUCCCAAGUUUUGACACGGCAAGACACAAUCUCUUGUCCUCUGAACUGAAACAACUAUAUGUGGCUAUAACUCGAACUAGACAAAGGUUAUGGAUAUCUGAGAGUGUAGAGGAUCUAUCUAAGCCGAUGUUUGACUACUGGAAAAGAAAGGGACUUGUCCAAGUUCGGAAACUGGAUGACUCCCUUGCACAGGCGAUGCAAGUAGCAAGCAGCUCAGAAGAAUGGAAAUCUCGUGGUAAAAAGCUCUAUUUUGAGCAUAAUUAUGAGAUGGCCACUGUGUGCUUCGAACGAGCAGGAGAUGCCACAUGGGAGAAAAUAGCCAAGGCAUCUGGGCUGAAAGCAAAUGCUGGACGUAUUCGUGAAUUAAAUCCCAAAUUAGCUUGCACUUAUUUAAGGGAGGCUGCUGAAAUAUUUGAUUCCAUUGGCAAGGCUGAGUCUGCUGCUCGUUGUUAUUGUGAAUUGGGCGAGUUUGAAAGAGCAGGAAGAAUUUAUCUUGACAAAUGUGGGGAAUCUGAGCUGAAGAAAGCAGCAGAGUGUUUCAAUUUGGCAGGUAGUUAUGCAAUGGCAGCUGAAGUAUAUGCCAAGGGAAGUUAUUUUUCCGAGUGCUUAUCUGUUUGUACAAAGGCAAAAUUGUUUGAUGUUGGGUUGCAAUAUAUAGAAUACUGGAAACAGCAUAAAUUGAAAGACAACGGUGUUACUAGAAGUAAGGAUAUGGAAAAUAUAGAGCAGGAGUUUUUGGAGGGUUGUGCACGCAAUUUUCAUGAGCUGAAAGACAAUAAAAAUAUGAUGAAAUUUGUGAGAGCAUUUUAUUCAAUGGAUUUGAGACGUAGCUUUUUGAAUUCUGUGGAAUGCCUCAAUGAGCUCAUGUUGUUGGAAGAAGAAUCUGGAAACUUCUUUGAGGCUGCAGAGAUUGCGAGGAUGUUAGGAGAUCUUCUACAUGAAGCUGAUAUACAAGGGAAGUCUGGACAGUUCUCAGAGGCAUCCUCAGUUAUCUUAUGGUAUAUAUGUUGCAACUCCUUGUGGAUGAACAGAAGUAAAGGCUGGCCCCUGAAGCAGUUUACAAAGAAAGAGGACCUUUUUUGUAAGGCGAAGGAAUAUGCCAAGAAAGAAUCAGAAUUGUUAUAUGAGCUCGUCUGUUCAGAGAUUAACAUUUUAUCACAUGAACAGAGCAGAUUGGUUGAUUUGGGGAGAAAUUUUAAAGAAUCUAAAAAGUACAAAAGUGUCAGAGGAGAAAUUAUAUCUUUACGCAAGAUUUUAGAUGCUCACUUCAAUAUGAAUGCCACAAAGUACGUGUGUGAAGAUGAACUGCCAUUGCAUAAUUCAAGUCAUUCGGAAGAGAUAAUAUCAGAGAACAAGGUUUCUGUUACAUCUCUUGUUUACUUUUGGAGUCUCUGGAAAGAAAACAUUGAAAAACUCUUUGAGUAUCUUGGAUAUCUUGAAUCUAAAGAGUUCGGUAAAAUUUCGGGACAUGGUGAGUUUUGUUUAAACUAUUUUGGAGUUAGGAGUCAUCAAAGUAAUUUGAAAACCACCUUUGUAGUGCUGGUCCCUGGUGCUGAUUGGCUGAGAAAACUGGAUGAAAGAGCUCUACAGAAAAAAAGAAAUCUGACAUUUGUUAAUUGUCAGCAGUUUGUAUCUGCUGCCCAGUGUUACUGGCAAUCUGAACUACUUUCUGUUGGAAUGAAGUUAUUGCAAACACUUAAACUCCUCUUUAAUUUGACAACCGGAAAUGGCUCGUCUUUGUUUGUGCAAAGUGUGUGUCUCAUCUACAUGUUUGAGGUUGCAAAAAGUCUUUUGAAUUGCAAGUUUCUCAACUGCAAGUCUCACGACUCCAGGGCACUACUAAAUUUUGUUGAUUUAUCAACAAAAUAUAUUCAGAAUGUCUUUCCUUUAGACUGGAGGAGACCAAUAUCUGAGACUUUUGUGUGUCUCAGAGAAACUGAUCUUUCCAGAAAGUUACUGGAAGAAGCCAUUGUUAGGGACAUUAGCAACAACGGAGAACUAACCUACAGAGAAAUUGGGAAUGUGGUAAUGAUGUGGCUUGGAACUGCCAGGCCUAAAGAACUGUGUGGGAAAAUUAUCAACAGGUUUGAAGGUAAUGAAUCAUGGAUGACAUUUUUAAAUGUUGACGUGAACAUUCAAGAAAAAUCUGAUCUGGAGUCGCCAUUGGAAGUAGCUCGGAAAGAAUUAACUCGAGUUUACUCAUUUUAUAAAGCAUUGGAAGAUACCUAUGGAGCAAACUGGCGGGGAAUUAACUAUAUAUCACCCAACUGUUUCUUGUAUCUGAUGGACCGCCUUCUGUUCAUGGUAUCCCGUUUUGAGCAUUUUUUUAUUACGACAAGAUCUUCAUUUGUUGAAUGGAUUUUGUGUCAGCACACAAAUACCUAUCCAUGUUCAGCUUUGGUACCUAACUCACAGUUACCAUCUUCAGCGGAAAUCUAUGAUUUUUUGGCUUCCAUGGUGCAUAACUUGCUUAACAAUAAGUUUGACACAGGGCAGUGGAUUGAUAGAUCCAAGUUGAAUUACAGCUUCUACUAUCCACUGUUGGUGUUAAAAUUAUUUGUCAUUCUGUGUUUACUGUGUCUAUAUUCUAAAAAGUAUAACGGGCUACUUAUUAGUUUGUUACGUAGGGAUGAUGUUACUUGUAUGCUUCCAAAGGAUCUGCUUAAUGUCCUCAGACAAAGCAAGAAGCGUCACUGUAUACGAUUGGCUCCAAAAUUGCUUUCCGAGGCAUUUUCCAAGAUCGGGGAUCCUCUGGUCACUGUAAGCUUUGGGAAAAAAUAUCCAGAAGAGUACCGAGUUGCCAUUUGUGUGGACUUGGAAGCUGUUCACUGUAGAGAAGACAUAAUAAGAGUGUUGUUCCCAAGGAUUACCCAAGAACCUGUGAAAGGGGCACUGAAUACUUCAGGCAUGGAAAAACAUCUCAGUGGUGGUGAUGCUAUAAGGUUGAGCUCCAAAAAUCUGUCUUCUGAUGUUCCUUCAGCAGAUCUGAACCCGAAUGGACUCAGCUUGAAAAUGAAUUGGGGUGUUUUUGAUGAUAUGAUUGAUGCUUUAAAGACGAAGGGUAGCAGAAAAGCAGAAAGCUUCAUUAACUUUAUGUCCAAAGCUGCAAAAUCUAAGGUGGAAAUAGACAGCAAUAUAGAGUUCCUAACUGCAGUUAUAACCCAAUUUUCUGAGAACCCCGAUGAUUGCAAUAACGGAAGUGCUUUUUCUGAGGCAAACAAGAUGCUCGAUGAGUUGAGGCAGCUUUCUUCUGCAUUUAAUACCAGUGAUAAAACAUCCAGGGACAAGAAGCACCACCAUAACUUUCAAACCCUUGGAGAACUGCUGAAUAGCUUACAAUCAAAAAGGCCGAAGCUUGAAAUAUUCCUUGAUCAGUCACCCAUGUGGAAAUCUACUUUGCCUGAGGAUGCAGCAGAUUCUAACGAUAUUAUAAAAUCUCAGGACUCCUCCAAACAGAGAAAUGAGGAGGCUGUCAAACCCAUUGACAAAGGGGUCGACUCAUUGUCAAACAUUGUUUCUUCUGGAACUCAGAAUGCAAGUACUAAUCAAAAAACCGGAGGGAAAAAAGGGAAGGCAAAUAACAAGUCCAAGAAAAAAAAUAAACGUAGGUAAUGCAACUACAGGAAGUUUCCUUUUGUGUCUAAUGUUUAUAAUGUAUUCAGGGAUGUUUUGAUUUUGUGAAUUCCCAACUUGUCGUGCCCAACUGAAUAUUUCAAAGAUAUCGUGUUUUGGGGCAGAAAUCUUGACAUCGUUGAUAUUAGCUGAAUGAAAAUUAAAGCAAAUAUUUCCUUUA